AUGUCUAGGGUAGCGGACAAUAUCAACGUCGUCACCGAGGGCGGCGCACCUGUGUCGAAUGGCGAGGAAAACCUUCCGUUUCUUGCGCGUGUGAUCAACCACGUUCUUACGCCAGGCUCUUCGCUGUCGCCGAUCGUGUGGAUCAGCUUUAAUAUAGUUAUGCUAGGCCUCUUCGGUGUCUGGCUCAUGUUUGUAGUCGCUAUGCCCAAGAACAUUCACGUCUGGGCUUUUGGCUUCCUAGGGGUGGGCCUGACGGCCUCCACGAAUUGGCUCAUGAAGAUCAUCUUCAGCUCUGGUUUGGACUUUGCCUCGCAGCAGCAGCGUGAGGCAGUGGUGAAGGAAAGCAAGGACCAGAAGAAUGAUUAG